CUCUCUGCUUUCCCUCUUUCCCAUAUAAUAGACCUCUCUUUUCCCUCUCGCUCAUCUCUCAUUCUCUCUUUCCCGUGGACAUCUCUCUCCCUCUUGUUCGCAAGCUUUCCUCUUCACAAUCUCGAAUCCAACCACCACCACUACUCUGUUGGUUGUCUCUCUCCCUCUCGUUCUAAACGACGGCAGCCAUGUAAAUCUCGAAGCCGACGCGAAUCAAGUCCCAAAAUCAAGUUAUUACCAAGAUUGAACAAUCUGUGCAAGUUCUCUGGCAAAUACAAGCUCGCAUCUCCAGUUUGGCAGCUCCAGGGCAGCUGUAUUCUCUUCCUUUAGGCUUUGGAAGAGUUCGUCCUGCUGUGAGUCAACCUUACCCUUCUACAGGAGUCCAUGGGGGGCCUGAAGCUCUAGGGCAGCUGCAUUCACCUCAUUUGGCCUUUGAAAGAGCUCGUCCUGCUGCAAGUCAUUCUUACCCAUCUGCAGGAGUCCAUAUGUACUCUUCGUAGUAUAUGCAUACUCGAAGGUCCAAGAGCAUUGAUCUUCCUUCCUACGAUCCUGAGCUUGAACGAACACUUCGAAAGCUUCAGAGAAAAAUCAAGCGGAAGCGUGCAUCGGUGUCUUUACCACCAUCUUCUCCACCACAUUUGAGUUCGGAAUAGGAGGAAGAACCACAAGAAGGCAUGGUUGAUAACCGUACUUUGAGGGAGUUGGCAAUCCCAAAUACGGAUCAACAACCAUUGUACAUCACAUAUCCAAAUGCAGAAUGAGGAUUUCAGCUCAAGUCAGGCAUGAUUCACUACUUGCCUAAGUUCCAUGGCUUCUCAACAGAGGAUGCCAACAAGCAUCUCAUGGAGUUUCACGUGGUAUGCUUGAGAAUGAGACCAGUAAAUGUUGAUGAGGAGCAAGUCAAGUUGAGGGCAUUCCCAUUUACAUUAGAAGCUAAGGCAAAGGAGUGGCUUUACAAUUUACCUCCGGGAUCAAUGAACACAUGGAACCAGGUGAAGCAAGCAUUCUUAGAGCAAUAUUUUCCGGCCACAAAAGCUGCAAGCAUAAGAAAAGACAUAUAUGCAAUCCGACAACAACAUGGAGAGCCCUUUGGAGAUUACUAUAAGCAAUUCACACAUUUGGUUGCAUCUUGUCCUAAUCAUUAGAUUUCAGAGCAUCUUUUAAUACAAUAUUUUUAUGAAGGAUUGUGUGGUACUGAUCGUGUAAUGCUUGAUGCAGCAAGUGGAGGAGCAUUCAUGGACAAGACACCAACAAAUGCUAAGGCAUUAUUAAAGAACAUUGCUAGCAACACACGACAAUUUGGAGGGAGAGAUGAGCUACCUCUUAAGAAAGUUAAUGAGGUAAGUGCUAAUUCUAGUAUUGAAUUACAAUUAGCUAACUUGACUAAUCUUGUGCAACAGGUUAUGGUGGCUCCAAAACAGGUGUGCGGUGUAUGUUCAAUAAUGGGACAUGCCACAGACAUGUGCCCUUCAUUGAUGGAUCAAGGUGGUCUUGAGCAAGCUAAUGCGUUAGGAGGGUUUCAGGGGCAACAAAGGCAAAAGUAUAAUCCAUACUCCAACAAUUAUAACGCAGCGUGGCGCGAUCAUCCACACUUAAAGUGGAACAAUCAAGACAAUGGACAAUAAUCUAUUCCCAACAACUAUAACCGUCUACCUGGCUUUUUUCAAGCAAGACUGCAGGCACCAUUUCAGCCUCAACAACAAGAAGCUCCAAGUAAGUCUCUUGAGGAUUUAAUUGCUUCUUUAGCUAACUCUACUCAAUCUCAUCAACAGAAAAUAGACAAAGCAAUUGAAAUCCUUGAGCGCUAAAUAAGUCAGUUAGCAAGUUUGAUGGGGCAACAACAACAACCAGGAAGGUUGCCUAGCCAGACCGUGGUGAAUCCAAAUGUGGAGCAGAUGAAUGUUGUGACUUUAAGGAGUGGAAAAGAAGUUUUUGAGCAGUCAAGGAUGCAAAAGAGGACUAGAAAAGAUACAAAUGAGCAAGAGGAGCUACAAACCAAAAAUCUUGAGCAAGAUGAGGCUUCAACAGAAACUAAAAAGUCUCCUAAAGCUACAGAAUUGAACACAAAAGAUUCUGAUAAGGUAAGUAAAAAAGUUCAAAAUUCAUUUAACUCAUGUGUCCCUGUUCCUUUUCUUCGUAGGUUUAUGAAGUCUAAGAAAGAGCAAAUUGAUAAGGAAAUCUUGGAUACUUUCCGAAAAGUCCAAGUGAACUUACCUCUUUUAGAUGCCAUAAAACAAGUGCCCAAGUAUGCAAAGUUCCUUAAAGAGCUUUGUAAGAACAAGAGGAGAUUCAAUGAUCAAGAAAUUGUGGCAUUAAGGGAGGAAGUAUCAGCUGUUUUGCAGAGGAAGCUGCCACCGAAGUUGAAAGAUGCCGGUAGCUUUACCAUUCCAUGUGUAAUCAGAGGGAAAAAGUUUGGGAGAGCAUUGUGUGAUUUGGGGGCAUAUAUCAAUCUGAUGCCAUAUUCAGUGUAUGAAUCAUUGAACCUUGGAGACUUGAAGGAAACAAAGGUAGUAAUCUACUUGGGGGAUGUACUUGUGCAAGUGAAUGAGCUCAUUUUUCCCGCUGACUUUUUUGUUCUUGAGAUGGAACAUAACCCUAUGCCUAUUGCACUUCCUCUUAUAUUGGGAAGACCAUUCCUUAGAACGGCAUGUACGAAGAUUGAUGUCUACGAUGGUACCUUAACCAUGGAAAUUGAUGGAGAAAGUGUCAAGUUUAGAAUCUUCAAUGCUAUGAGGUACCCUUGUGAUUUUAAAUCUUGUUUGUCUAUUGAUGUGUUUGACCAUUUUGUGCAGGAUUGUUUUAAUGAAGGUGUGGAACAAGAUAAUUUAGAGAAGGCAUUAGUGCAUAGCGUUACACAUGGAAAUCUUAAUUAUUCCAAGCACAUUGAAGAAGAAUUAAUCCAAACAGUGGCUGUUAUUGAGUCUCUUUCACCAAUUUAUGGUAAGUCUUUUUCCUAUUUUAUUUCUCUUCCUACUUCUAAUGAAAAAACUCUUCCUUCUGUGAUUCAGGCACCCAAAUUGAAGCUUAAAACGAUUCCUGAACAUUUGAAGUACGCAUUUUUGGGAGAGGAUGAAACAUUACCAGUCAUCAUAUCAUCACAACUCACAGCAGAAGAAAGGGAGAAACUGAUCCGGGUACUGAAUGAUCACAAAAUUGCCAUAGCUUGGAGUAUUGCAGAUAUCAAAGGUAUAAAUCCAACUACAUGUAUGCAUACGAUUCUGUUGGAGGAAGGUGCAAAACCAACAAAGGAAGCUCAACGCCGUUUGAACCCACUCAUGAUGGAAGUCGUCAAGAAAGUGGUUAUCAAACUUCUUGAUGUUGGCAUCAUAUAUCCUAUCUCGGACAGCAAGUGGGUGAGCCUUGUUCAAGUAAUUCUGAAGCGAUCCAGAGUCAGUUGUUAAGAACGAAGCUAAUGAGCUAGUGCCUACACGUGUGCAAAAUAGUUGGAGAGUCUGUACAGACUAUCGGAAGAUAAACAACACCACACGCAAGGAUCACUUUCCAGUCCCAUUCAUUGAUCAAAUGUUAGAAAGGUUAGUUGGUCAUUCUCAUAUUGCCUUCUUGAUGGCUAUUCUGGAUAUAAUCAGAUUGCAGUUGCUCCAGAGGAUCAAGAAAAGACGAAUUUCACAUGUCCAUUUGGCACAUUUGCAUACCGGAUGAUGCCGUUUGGACUUUGCAAUGCCCCUAACCACAUUUCAAAGGUGUAUGGUAAGUAUCUUUUCUAAUAUGAUUGAGAAAAUAAUUGAAGUGUUCAUGGAUUUUUCAGUUUAUGGUGAUUAUUUUGAUACAUGUCCACAUAAUUUGUCCCUAGUUUUAAAACGUUGCCAAGAAACUAAUCUGGUCUUAAAUUGGGAAAAAUGUCAUUUCAUGGUUUCGUAUGGAUUAGUUCUGGGGCAUAUCAUAUCUGAAAAUGGAAUUGAAGUUGAUAAAUCUAAAGUAGAACUUGUUAGUUCUUUACCCAUCUCUACUACUGUUAGGGAGGUUCGUUCUUUUCUUGGACAUGCAGGUUUCUACCGUAGGUUUAUGAAGGACUUCUCAAUGAUUUCUAGACCCUUGUGCCGUUUGCUUCAAACGGAUGUAACAUUUAAUAUGAAUGAAGAGUGUGUGGUAGCAUUCAACAAGCAUAAGGAGUUGUUAUCCACAGCUUUUGUGAUCAUACCACCAGAUUGGAGUUUACCUUUUGAAUUGAUGUGCGAUGCUUUAGACUAUGUCGUCGGUGCAGUUCUAGGGCAGCGUGUAAACAAAGUGCCACAUGUCAUCUAUUAUGCGUCUCGAACACUCAAUGAUGCAUAGUUGAACUAUUCAACAACAGAGAAUGAGCUUUUAGCUAUUGUAUUUGCUUUAGAAAAAUUUAGAUCUUAUCUGAUUAGGACUAAAGUUAUUGUGUUU